AUGAACCCAGAUGUUAUGUUUAGUGUGAAACCAGAUGUUGUGUCUAGUGUGAACCCAGAAGUUGUGUCCAGUGUGAACCCAAAUGUGUCCAGUGUGAACCCAGAUGUUAUGUCCAGUGUGAACCCAGAAGUUGUGUCCAGUGUGAACCCAAAUGUGUCCAGUGUGAACCCAGAUGUUGGGCCCAGUGUGAACCCUGAUGUUGUGCCCAGUGUAAACCCUGAUACUCUGUCCAGUGUGAACCCUGAAGCUGUUUCCAGUGUGAACCCUGAUGUUAUGUCCAGUGUGAACCCUGAAGCUGUGUCCAGUGUGAACCCAAAUGUGUCCAGCGUGAACCCUGAUGUUGUGCCCAGUGUAAACCCUGAUACUCUGUCCAGUGUGAACCCUGAUGUUGUGUCCAGUGUGAACCCUGAUGUUAUGUCCAGUGUGAACCCUGAAGCUGUGUCCAGUGUGAACCCAAAUGUGUCCAGCGUGAACCCUGAUGUUGUGCCCAGUGUAAACCCUGAUACUCUGUCCAGUGUGAACCCUGAUGUUGUGUCCAGUGUGAACCCUGAAGCUGUAUCCAGUGUGAACCCUGAUGUUAUGUGCAGUGUGAACCCUGAAGCUGUGUCCAGUGCGAAACUUGAUAUUGUGUCCAGUGUGAACCCUGAUAUUGUGUCUAGUGUGAACCCUGAUGCUCCGUCCAGUGUGAACCCUGAAGCUAUGUCCAGUGUGAGCCCUGAUAUUGUGUCCAGUGUGAUCCCCGAUUCUGUGUCUAGUGUGAACCCUGAUAUUGUGUCCUGUUGUGAACUUGACUCUGUGUCUAGUGUGAACCCUGAUUCUGUGUCUAAUGUGAACCUUGAUGUUGCGUCCAGUGUGUAA